UACUCGAAGCCGGCUGGAAGCUAUAUCAGUUUUUAUGUUGAACACACUCUCCUUCAUUUUUUGAUUAGUCAAAAGUCCUUACCGUUUCAAUUCAGUACGUUACGCACCUUUGUUUUUACGUUUGUUCAAAACAUCCUUUUAACCACUACUAAUGGUUAGUCGUCCCGAACGCGGAUGCUGUUACUGAAGUUCCCUGGCUUAUGUUCCUGUGCGACGAUAGUUCAAAGGAUUCGGUUCGGAUUCAAACAUCACAGCCGCAGCGGAGCACGUUUUUCCUAAGUUACACACCCACUCGUGUCGUCGCGUUUCCCGUGAAAGCACUAACUGGAGAGCAAUAGAUAGUGUGCUGUUAGUUUAUUUAGUUUUCCGAGAUAGCAAAACCUCGUACGGAAAUAUGUUGUUAUGUUUGGAACUGGAGGAAAGAACCCAAACAGUGUGAUAACCCGUAGAAAUACUCAUUCAUAAGUAGAAAUCAGUGUCAGAAGUGAAUGGAAACCAAACGCCAGCAGAGCGAAGAGUGAACAAAUUUUUGAAAUACACUUUUUAUCAGUUCAAUUCAGUAAUUAAUGCAAACGAAGGAAGACAAAAAAAAAACAGCUUGUGAUUAUCGAAUGUCAAUGACCAAACCGGAGGAGGAGCUCAGAUUUGGAUGAUUUUAAUAGGAACAAAAAUCUCGAAAUCCUCAACACAGAGGAACUGUGUUUCAACAAAAAUUAUCCCCAGGAAGGAGAAACACGUGAAACACUCAGCGGCGCGACGGCAUUCGACAACAUCACGAGUGAAACGGAUCCGUUUUUCUUCCAAAGUGCCGCUGGCUCGACCGCAAACACGAGCCACGAAAACAAACCCAAGCAUUUUUCGCUUAGCUCCUGUUUGAAAGCUCCAUUUUUACCGCAUGUUAAACAAUUACAUCCAAACAAGUUUUAAAACAGUUUUUUGAAGUCGCAACAGCAACAAAAAAAGGUUUUCGCGUACUGCCACGAUUGCAGUUUAAGUGCUUUUUUCAUAACAAAUUUUUACAACUUUAAAGUUACACUUUUCAACUAUUCAAACAAGCUGCGCGUUACGAUACGAAAAAAAACAUCGCUUCUUAUUACUCACUUACAACGAAAAAAAAGUAUAGUUAUCAACAACAACAGCAACAACAAAAAGUUUGUUCUACUGAAACCAUAAGAAUCGAAAAAAGUGUCUUAUUUACAACUAGAGGAAGUAGUGACCGAAAAAAUAAGAAGAUUUUUAUAGCACAAAAUGAUACAGAAGUAACGACAAAAAAUAGUUAUUUCGAAAUUUAGAAAAAAAAAAGAAGAAAAGUGAGUGUGCGAGAACGAAGAAAACUGAAGUGUGAUUAAGACAGUGUGUAAUCUAGCGAGCAGGAGUAUCGCGUUGACAGAGAGAAGAAAAAAAACAUGACACCAGUUGAAAAACUCCAGCAAACCUAUUGGCCUGCACAUUAGUUAGCAAUAAAGCAAAAACUAACGUCCAUUAACAGAGUCGCAAACGACGACACGACGCAAAAUUGCUCCACACCAAACCGGAGGAGGCCCCCAGAGUCCGGCAAAUUCGUCGUAGAUUAACAACAACAACAACAACGGCAAAAAAAAGUGUCAUCCCGUGCAAGCGGAAGAUAUAAAUCCAUCUCUUGUUUCUAUAUGAUCCUCUAUUUUCGUUGCUCCGGCUCGCAACAGAAUCACUGACCUAAUGACUAUGGCGGAUGGUAGCUAUGACCCAAUGGGGCAUAUCCAGACGGGUCGUCAGCAUCCUCACUCGCACCAUCCAGUCCAUCAUCAUCACCACCAUGGAAGCACCGGUGGUGGUGGUGGCGGAGGUACAUUUGCACAGCUGGAACAGCUGCAACAGCUCCACCAACGUUAUCUUCAGCAGCAACAGCAGCAGCAGCACCAACACCAACACAGUCAACAAUUCUCGCCUUCGAGUUUAGAGAACAACAAUAAUCUCCCCUCGACAGCGAACCACAAUCUGUUCCGCUCGGAGCAGAAGAAGCACAAACGGAAGCGACUGUCCGCGGUGCUGGACAAACUACAUCACAACGGUGCGAUUGUGAAUCACAACAACAACAAUGUGGGCGAGAUGAGCUACAAAAUUCGCCGAUCGGUGUCCAGAUCGAGCACGGAAGAGUCCGCCGAGGAUGUGUUCCCGUACUCGGCCAGCCCCCGGAUCAGCGUGAGCCCGCUGCGUCUGAACGAAUCGGACGAAAACAACAUGAACCAAAUCCAAAUCAAGCAAGAACCCCAGCAACAACACCUGUACAAACAGCUGCAGUACAUGAAUCCGCUGGCGUUCUUCAACUAUUUCCCCCAACAAACCAAGCUACUGUAUCAGGAGAUUGCCCGACAGCGGAGUCAUUCCGAUUCGGAUGUGCAACAGCUUCCUCAGAAAGUGCCAGAGACUACCGCCCCGGUGGUGGUGGCGACACCGGAACUGCAGCAGCCGCAAGAGUACCCUCUGGAUUUGUCCAUGAAAUCCAAACCUCUGUUGGGCAGCUCGUCUAGUCUUUGUGAGCCUGUGAUCAAGCAGGAACCGAAGUUAACAUUCACCCCGCCUCCGCACCAGCAUCCGCUGCCGUCGAUUGUGAAAGGUGACGUUGCCUCGAACAAUACCAAAAAAUCUGCGGCCGCCUGCUAUAACCUGAAUGUUUCGCCCGUCGUGGAGGAAAUGCCCCCCGGGUCGGAUGUCGCCUAUAUGUGUCCGGUCUGUGGACAGCUGUUCUCGCUGCAGGAUCGGCUGGCAAAGCAUAUGGCAUCCCGCCACAAGAGUCGUUCCAGCUCCACGGAUAUCACGAAAUCCUACAUCUGCGAGGUCUGUCAGCGAUCGUUCGCUCGGUCCGAUAUGUUGACCCGUCAUAUGCGUCUUCAUACGGGCGUUAAACCGUACUCUUGCAAGGUAUGUGGUCAGAUCUUCUCCCGUUCCGAUCAUCUGUCCACCCAUCAGCGAACACACACUGGCGAAAAACCGUACAAAUGUCCCCAGUGUCCGUACGCGGCCUGCCGGCGGGAUAUGAUCACGCGUCACAUGCGAACCCACACCCGCUACGAUGCCCAACGCAAUGGCAGCGCCAGUGGAUCCCCCGUGGGAAGCCCUGUUGGCGCCUCGAUGGACCAGAAACCGCUGCUGCUGCCGGUGGUCAGCCUCAGUUCGGGUGCCAACGCUCGAGCCAUCAAGAAAGAAACCGCCUUCGCCACCGGGCCAGGCUACGUUAUCGAAACCAAGACUGAAUCCUGAACGGUGUGACGACUCACCACACAGGAAUCUUUCCCGUAGUUGUGCACCGUAAAAAAAGAGUAGUUUUCAGUGUUAGAGCUCCCUCUGCAUUCCUUGAUCGAUUCCCCCCCAAAAAGUUAUUCCUAUUUUUUUCUUAGUGCUUUUCGGUUUGCCAAACUCUUGUGUUAAUAGGUGUAUAACUUACCUUAUUUUAUUAUUGAAGAAAAACUGUAUUCUAAGAAAUUUGAACAAUUCCCGAACUCAUUCCCGAAAUCGUAGAAGUUUCAAUAGAAUUAAUUAUCUUUCUUGUCUCGUGUUUCGUGACGAAAAAACAAAACACAAGCAAACAAACAAACAAAAAAAAAACAGAAAACGCGAGAACAAACAGAAAUCUCAAAGGUUGUGAAUUUAAAAAUCUAGAAUAGAUGUUUUUAGGAGUUAAUGAAGUAAAGUGGCCACGAACAACGUACGACGAACCUGUACUUGCGUCAACAGCGUUUUUAAUUCGCUCACAAACACACACGCACACAUGCGUCGUGUCCAUAAUACCACUAGUCUAGUGAUUUCAGAAAAAAAACUAAUGUGAAUACUUUUUUUUUCAUGUAACAAAGCUUGCCAACACAACUAUUAGCGAUUUCCAACGCACGCAUUCCUUCGAUUGAUGACCCCCGGCGAAGCUCCUAGGAACGGAUAUGUAGUCGCCCCUCGGUUUGUUUCGGUAGAACUAGGGAAAUCUGUAGGUAGAAGCAAGCAAAACAAAACAAAAAAACACAGCACUAGAACAGCAACAACAACAAAAAAAAGCCCCAAACAUACAGAUGAACUGUGUACAAGAACUAAAACAAAAACCAAGAAGUACGCCUUAAACAGUGUGCCUUAUUGUGAGUACGAACAACUACACACAAUUAGAAGACGAAAAAAAAAACAUUUUACUGUAGCAAGAAGUAGAAACGAACAACAACAACAACAUACUAAACUUUGUCCUUAGCUUCCAUCCCUUCCCUUGACUAGUGUCCUCCCACAUAGAAGUACCUUCCGUGCUUCCGGUUGUUUCCAUUAUUACUUCUACUACCACUUUUACUCGUUCUCUCUCUCUUUCUUUCUUGCUGGUAAUCUCCGGGUAAUAGCCGGGACCAGCCAGCGGAAACAACCACUAGGCUAUAUAUUUAUGAUAAUUAUCUUAUACAGAAGAAGUAUGAGCGCGGGAAGAGAAGGAGACCAAAGAACAGGAACAACAACAACAACAACAACAACAGCAACAAGACAGAAGCCGGGAAACUACUGCAUGAUCUUAAUUUAAAUUUUCAAUCAUGCAAAUUGAAUAUUAAAGUCAACGGACUUGUUGCCUCCGCGUUUGCCUCCCUUGGGUAUGCUUGCUUCCACCCAAGCGCCUUGUUUUCUUCUCAUUGCUACUCGCCCUCAUCCUGCCCCCUGCUCCCACAAUGUGUCCUGAAAUACAGUUGUGUGGUGAAAAGAAUGCUCAUUUCCGACCACAAAAACCACCCCCACCAGAGCUGAGAGCUCUAGCUCGGGAAUUGAAUUUAAACGUCCUUUGGCAGCUUGUCAAACCGGGAUUUAUCAACGGGGUUGUGAUUAUGGGGUCCCACUUCGUGGGUGGCACGGAACCUUGUCACGAAACUAUAAUUUAUCACGAAACAACAACAACAGAGGGUCACAUCAUGCACACGCACACGUUAGCGAAAUGUCACGUGCUCCCGCGUACUCGUGCUUUCUUUGCGCUUCGCCCUCCGAACUACCGUUAUGCGCCCGUAUACCGUUCAUCAAAGACAAUAACAGGGUGGAAAAUUCGUUUAAACGCAGUACCUUAUCUUAGUGCAAACUUAACAAGCCAACAAUCAAUAAUUGAUCCACAUAAAUUUCAAAUGUUGGUCCCUCCAAACCAUAGUUUGUUACAGUAUUGCCUCCAAUUCCAAGUUCUUAUUUGGCCGAAAAAAAAAUUAAAAUAGGUUUUGAUAGCGGAAAUUCGUUCAAACGCACUUUCGUUUUCAUUAAUGAAAAACAAUGACUUAGUUAACAUUUUAAGGAAAAACAAUAGGCAAUAUUUAGGUUGCUUUCCGUUCUUGCGAAUAGUUUCGGAAAAUUCUUUUCGGCAUGGAAUUAACGAAAAUCCUCCAGGAUUUUCCCACAGUAGCUUCUAGUUCCCGAACUCUGCCGUACUGCCUUCCACCGCUGUGCACACGUCGUGCAAGAAUUCUCCAACGGUUCCAAUUGGAUUUAGGUCUGUACCACGUACUGGCCAGUCCGAGACCUUGAUGUCUCGCUCCGAAAACCACUGCAUACUUCUCUUAUUGACAUGGAUGGCUACAUUGUCUUGCUGAAAAGUGAAGUCUUCAUGCAUUUAAUACUCGGUAAAUUGUAUCAGAACAUCUUCCAGUAAUUUCACGUACUUUUCUGAGUUCAUUCUGGUUGAAAUUGUAGUAACCCCUCUUACUACAAUUUCAACCAGACGUGAAAACCAUCCCAUAUCAUGAGUGUUCCGCGUUCAAAGCUUUGGUUCAGCUUGCCCUUGGAUUCCUUCUUCAAAUCAUGCCAGUGGUAUGCACAACAAUCAGGGUCAUCUAGAUUGAACUUCUUUUCAUCCCAAAAUACAACAUUAUCCCAUUCAUUUCGCCAUGCCAUAUGCUUUUUGGCGAAAUUCAAUCGAGCCUGAAUAUGUGCUGGAGUAAGAUUCGGUUUCUUGGCCUUUUUAGUGUACUUGAAGUAACCAGAUCCCCGCAAUAUCUGUGCAAUGCGCUUAUUGGUAAUCGAGAGUCCAUGUUUCUUCUUAAUUUCCGAUGCAUUGAUCUUUCCAAUUCCCACCAGCUCCAAAAUUCGAUUCCCGUCACGAUUGUUUAUUUUGGCAUUGCCCUUAGUUUUCUUCUAAACGUCAUAUGUUUCAACUUUCUUCAGCACACUUCGAAUCGAAGUUUCGGAUAUGUUUACUCUCCUUCCUAUUUUCCGGGUACUCAUGCUCAUCAGUUUUCUUCAGUUCACGAACAACUCUUUGUUCUGAUUCACUCAAAUAUUUUUUUUUCGGCAUUUUUCACCUCCGAUCACCAUCAUUGCCAGCACCAACAGUUUUGUUACGUACUAACACAACAAUACUGAAAUGACAGAUUGCUAAGCUUUUUGGUGUCAUAGGUGCGCGAGUCGCCUUUACUCAAUUCUGUGCGUUUAAACGAAUUUCUCUUCUCAAAAUAACAAUUGUUAUGGACGCAACAUUUUGCACCUCCUGUUAAAGGUAUACGCAGUUUUCAAAUUAAAUGAUUGUUGGUUUAAAUUAUACACCCGAAGGCCAAUCAAGUGUAGUUGCGAAGACUGAUUUAUGAUCGCUUUGUUUGAGCACUUCGAACAAAAAUUAACUUGCGUUUAAUCGAAUUUUUCUCACUGUAUAUAACGUUUGUGUAAAAAAUUACUGCUUGCGCGUAUAUAAUGAAAUUAAACGUGAUACUUCCCGCUUCAAAUUUGCCCAGACAUUCUCGAUGGGACGUAACAAAUUGCACCUUUUGUUCUUAACUUCAAUCUGCGACAAACAUAUUUUUUCCUAAGGCUUGUUCGCGACAAAAUCUGGACACCUCAAUUUUAGAAUAAAACAAAUUUGCUAAAAGUUUAAUCCUUGAUUUUUUUUAUUUCAUUUAUGUUUAUAUCGUCAAUAAUUAUCAAGCAAAUUACCAUUACUUUUUUGGUCUGCAUGAAAAAUUGACGAGCUUUGGAGUUCAGCCCUGCCAUGAAGAUCAGUGCAGGCUUGUUGGCAACCAAUUCAGCUGCGUUUGUCCACGAUUUUCGAAAUUUUUCUAUAGUUGUUUUUCUAUAGUUGUUUGUGAUACGGCAGCUCUCUCCUCACCUGAGCCAAAUACCGCUCAACAGCAGUUAGGUGGACCAUUCCAAAACAUCUGUGCUGUAGUGACAGGAUGCUAAAUCAAGCCAGAACAGUGAGGGUACAUCAUGGCUGCGUAGCAACGGUAACAAUCCUUUCUGCAGGCAUCCUUCACGGUAGAUUUACUUGUGUAAAUCGUUCCCGUAGUGAUGAAACUUUUGCUUACUCGACCACAUCUGCAGAUGACCUGCCAUACUAAAUAUUUUUUGGAGAACUUGGCCUUCUUCUUUGUCCUGAAAUGCUCUGCCAUGCCAUUCCGUUUCAUGGUAGUGUAAAAAGACAGACCAGAAAACUGUCUUUAAGGUCUUCUAGGAUAUACGUUUCAUAGUUCAUUAGAACUUCCCUUCUUCCUGGGUGUUGUCAAACAAGUAUGGAACGAUGUGAAUAGUGCUUGGAGGAAAUCCAAACUUGUUGGCAUGUUUCUUAUCGAGAAAUCCGGAUUUCCAUGGCGACCGUACACAACUCAAAUUCUGAAAGUUGUUAAAUUAUAAAAUACAAGAACAAAUUUACAUAUAUUUUAAAACUACCUCCACAAGGUAUGUCAUCGAAUCCGUAAAAUAAUGACUCAGCUGAAGCUGCUUUAGCUGUGGCUCACACACAUGAUAAAGAUUUGUCUACUGCAGCCCCUUGCCUCUCUCCAAUGGAACGACAACUUUCGAAAAUCAACUCAACUGAUCCGAUGAUAAGAACGAUUCGAGGCGCCUCACAAAGGAUUCUAGAUCGCUCUCAUCGUGAACUUCCGCUGUUCCAUUCAUUUCCAUUGUUAGCAACACCGCUUGUGAUGAAGAUGCUUCGCUGGAUUUCCCAAUAAUACAUCUGAGUAAUUGAUAACAUCGGGUUCUAACGGAUACAAUCCACAUUGCCGGAACUCGUUGAUCAAUGUCGAUUGUAGAUUCGACGUUUCUUUCCUCGGAUUUCAACGUUAUUGUCGAUCCUCCAUUCUACCAAAACUUGAUUCCAAACGUUUUUGAGUGCUCGGAAAAAGUUGACGUUCAUUGGCUGGGUGAUUUAAGUGGAAUUUGGUGGAAGACAAACCAAGAUCAUGCUUUUUCCCGUGCACAGCUGUAUCGUUUCGUAUGAAACAUGUGACUUAUGGCCAUCUAGAAAGAGUAUAUAAGGAAAUGGUAUUUUCUACUGGACAGUGCCUCUUCCUCGACAUACUCACGAAUUUCGUGAAACCAGCUCCUGAUUUGUUGUGCGAAAUCGGUCGCACAAUUGUUCGUCCUUCUUCAGUUGUAUCGAGAGCGGUUUUUUCCAGGACCUGGUCUGGAAUACUUUCCUAAGACCUUCCCGCGCAGUGUUGAAUUCAGAACAUCCGGUUCUCACCAUUCCCACAGCGUCUGAUAUUUUGACCUAUCAUAUUGCAGGUGUUUCUGAUGAGUAGAGUAAGAAGCAAGUAGACAUAUGGAUAUCCUUGUUCCGAUCAUGUUUAUAUUGGUGAUACCCGAUAGAAUUUGCAAUGAAAACAUGUGGAAAAACUACUAAAUCAGAGCACAGUGUACCUGUAUCGUUCAGUUCCUAUUAUUUCCCGGCGAUUUUCAAUUGUUUACACUUUGUAAAUUGAUAACGACUGUGAGUUGGAGUUCUGCGAGUACACGCACAAAAAUAGUUUAUCAAAAGCAAUGAGGUAGCUAGUGUUACAUACUGUAUUCUAUGUUAAGUUAACGGAAUUAUGCACUGAUCAGUACAAGGGAGCCUCACUGUAAUCCCAUCCAGAAAAUUUGCUUUGUUACACUUGCCCUACGAUGGGAAGCUUUCGUUUUUUUUUCGCUGCUGUCCGGAGAAAGGAAGUCACGCUGGACAGCAAAAAAAAACCUGGGAGAAGCGAAAAUAAAAUACCCGCAAUCUGCAUUGCACCCGGGGUUGCAGUAUAAAUUUUGAGUGUGUGUUUUAAAAUAAUAUAGUUUACAGAGCCACCCCCUCUGAGGGAGGGGAGGGGACAACCCUAGGAUGGUCCCUUCUUGGCAUCUCCGAAGCGAGUUGCGCGGGCGGAGCCACUGCGCUACCCUUCCCGCUUCGGGAGCCUCCGUUCGUCACCGGUGUCGGUGAAAUACGAGCUCCAGCAUAAUGGCUCUCUAAGCUUUGGCGCAAGUUCUAGAAGGGAAAGUGCAUAAAACUUGGCUACCAAUCACCCCGAAACCGGGUGGAAACAAGGGAUUGAAAUUUAUAAAAGCAUUACUGUGCUGUGCUGCGUUGCAGUUAGCUUCCUGCUUCUGGGCGGGUUUUGGAAACAGAGGGGGCGCCCGAGGGUUUGGGUAAAAGUUUUUCCUCGGGAGGUGGUCGUAAUUACUUUUAGCCCGCACCCAGUGGCCAGUGAUGUACGGGGUUUUCGUAGUGAACGUAGGAACAUUUGGAGGCCGACAGUCAAACUGGAGUCUGUUCUGUCUGCCAACUUUUGGAACACUCGGACAGACAGUGUGGCGAGUGCCUCUGGAUAUAGCAAAAAAAAAGAAAAGAGGCGAAUUCUAAAUCUGGUGAACCAUCUGAACUGAACUCAGCGUCUUUUCUCCAUAAAACACAUGUUUCCCGUUUGAUCAUCGCACAAUCCAGGGAACACAAACCAAUAAUGUAGGAUAAAUUCUAGUCACAAGCCUUAGCAGAAGCAAUAGCAUUAAAUCCGAUUGAAAAAUUUGAUUUCUCUUCCGCGUACGCAAUCCAACUUAGCUCCUCCUCUUCCUCGAAUCACUUGCCUAUACACACUAAAUCAAAUCACAUCGUAAAACUUCCACACGAAAGCGCUUAAAUCACAUCUAAUGCAACUGGGCUGCCGUGUUGGCAGCGGCUCAAAAACGCUUUUUGUUUGUACGCGUUUAGCUUGAACCGUGCCAUCUCGGAAACGCCACACUCCCGGAUAAAUUUCUCCCCCCAGAAAUCCCACUAUUAGAGAAGCGAAAAUCCCAAGAUCGUGUCAGCGUGAGUAACUCUUUCGCCCAACUUGAACCUUAUCCCCCCACCCUCCCCCCUCUCCAACGUUCUUUGAUGAGUUCCUUUGUUUUUCCAAACAGUACUAAUAAUACUACCUACAGUAGAGGCAGAAGAAAAAAAACAAUGAAAAUGAUGACAAACGAAAGACAAGUAGGCGGGCGCGCUCCUCGCGUCAAACAGGAGCAGCGAAUGGAAACAAUUCUAAUUAAAAAUGUGCCAAAUUUACAGUUAGAAAAGAUGAAUUUAUAUUAAAACAAAAGAAACGUUGUAAAUCAAUUUUAAAUUAGAAAUGUGAAAUACGCGCAGACGAACAAGGGUAAGCGACUUUUUAUACCGAGCAAUUUCGCCUGCGGCGAAAACUUCUCACUCCCACAUAUUUUCCGCUCAAUCCGAAUCCGAAUCAGUAGCAAAACAGAUUUGUGCGAUCGAAAAAAAUAUAGUUUAACCUGCGACAGAGCGCAAACUUACAUAUAGGAAAAGAAGAAUCAAGAUCUCAUACUACGCUAAUGCAGUGGCAGAUUACUAUACUAUGCAGAUUUUUAACUACUUCACACAGCUAAUAGCAACAGCUAAGAACAGCAAUGACGGAUGUAACAGAGUCUGCCGCAAAAAAAAAGAUUCUGAGGGCAUUUAUUAAGUUUAGCUUUUAGACAAACAAACACAUUGUAAGUUUUAUUGAUACUUCUAAUAGGUAAGAGAGCAGUUUACGCGAAAGGACACGAAUCACAACGGAUGUAUUCUAUUUUGCUCGAUUUAUUUAAUUAGAAUAUUACAAUUCCAACACGUAUGUGUCCGAAGCGCAACGAUUUCAGACAUUUACAUCAGUGUGUAAAUAGAUUCAAUGGAUUUUUUGUACUAGUAAAACCGACACGCAACAAACUAAUGAAAUUCUCGAAGAUUAUGUCAUGUACCUUGAAUGAAAUGUUAAUUUUAAGUUUAGUUGAAAAAAAAUAGAGUUUAGAAAAAAACCCUUAAAAAAGUUGGAAAAAAACAAACAUUUUAAAAAUGUGUUCUGCGUGGGGAUGCUUCAAACGAAUUGAUUUCAUCAUGGAAAAGCGAAAAAAAAACUACUAUUACUACUAUUACUACUACUACUAUUUGUUGAGGCUCGUUAAGUUUGUCAUCCUUACCUCUAUCUCAUUUUAUGUUAGCCCUCGUUUAUUAUUUAUUGAUUCCUGUUUUUCGUUGGAAAAAAACUAGAAGGGAAAAAAACACCUGUCAAACUUAUUUAUUUUAACUCUUAGUAGUCCUUGAUUUUUGCUCACUCCUAAGCAAACUGCGUUCUGCAUGUUUGUGAGGAAACUUCUGUACUAGCGUUGAACUUUAUUUAAAAAGUUCAAGUAAAAUAUUAUUUCAGUUGUGCACGCGAAAUAAAAAAAAAGACAACUGGAAACACUUGUUGUGAAACAAUCGUAUAAGAAAAAAUGGUACACUUAUUAAUUUAUGACACAAGAAUAUUUUUUGUAAUUCAACUAUUUCUUAAGUUUACUUUUACUUAUUUAUUGUUAAGUUAAUUUUUGUAAACAUUUUUUUAAUGUGAAUGAAUGAAAUUUUAAGGUUUUGUUUUGUUACAGUACAAAAUUAUUUGAACAAAUUGAUUUCGAUGAAUAAAGAAAAAGAUCAUUUAAGUAAAUUUAUUUCAUUCUUUAUUUCCCAUUAUUAUCAUCACCUGUCCCUUGAGUUGAGUUCCGCCUUGUUUUCACCGACAGCAGUUCGCUUUCACGUUGAAAGACUCUGGAAAAAAAAAAACGUUAACAGUACCAUUCCAAUAGCAAAAAAAAAAUUUCCGUCUGAAGAGUUCUGAAAAAUUUUCAUUGAGUGCCUUAUUGUAAGUAGAUAAAAUGCGUACGACGGAGGGAAGGGAGAAAACUAAACGUGAAAACAGAAAACAAACUAUCUGCAUCAAUAUGCAUACUCUUGGUUUUAGCAGAGAUAAACGCUUCCAAUGUGCCAUAUACGAAGUUAGAAUCGAUCAAAAGUUAAACAAAUUUUACAUGAACUAUAAGGUAUAGACUUAAUAAUAAUAAUAAUAAUUUAUUAUUCAUGCGCUUCUGAAGCUAAACGAAUUAUUAAAUCAAACCAUAUUUUCUAUAGUAUCGAUAACAGUCCACGAUAAAUUUCAAUCUCCAGUGAUUGAUAGGCAUUAAGCAGCAUUUAUACCGACAACUAAUUAUUACAACAGCAGUCAAUUGAAAAAACUUUGAAAUUUCACUCUCUCUCUAUCUCUUUCGCUAUUUUUAUAGUUAAAUUCUAUUCCAAGCACACAAGUUAGUAAAAUUUUAUGAACCAAUUCUCCUCCAAUGCAAGUUUUACCCAAAAUACAGCAACACACGCUCGUGAAUAAGCAAUAAAUACACUCAGUCGAUACUUGAGAUGUUAUGUUAGAAUAUCGGUCUCAAUCGGAAGCGCGAUGACUGAAUAAAAUAUCGAGUAAAGAAAUCAAGAACAAUGUUAACCUAGUGCUACCAGCCUCUUUCUUGGUGGGCAACGUGAAAUAUUGAAUAUUGAACGACCAUAUUUUGCCCAUUUUUCUACUAUGAACAACUCUGAAAAAAAACAACAAUUCCAAAUAUUACUUAAAGGCAAAACUUAUUAGCAAUUCGUAAUUAUUUAACUGAAACGGCAACUGGACAGUAACAGAUACUGAAGUUCGCGUGAAGUUGCAUCGUUUGUGUUACGAACCAAGUGAACAAGAA